AAUUUUAAAAUAUACAUUUGAGAAAAUUGAAAAAAGAAAAAAACAGGAAAGAAAAGAUGAAGAAGUGGAGAGAAAAAAGAGAGGAAAGAAAAGGAAAUAGAAGGAAAUGAGAAAGAAAAGGGAAGAGAGAAAAGAAGAGAAGUAGAAGGGAAAGAAAGUGAGGGAGAAGGGAAGUAGAAAAAAAAAAAGAAGAAAAAGAAGAAGGAGACGGGAGGGAGAAAGAGAGGAAGAAGAGGAAAUGAGGAAACGGAAGAGAAGUGGUGAUAUAUAUAAGACAUACACGGACCGAAAUCGGUCCGUAUAAUCCUCAAUGGCGCGCGACACUAAAAAAUUUCAAUUUUUUCGAAAAAAUUUCAAUUUUUCUGGGAAAAAUUUUGGCGCAUUAAUCAUAUUCAGACCGAAAUCGGUCUGAAUAUAAAUAAAUUACCACAGAAUCAAUAAGAUUCAAAUCAACGGCCAAAUCCCAAUUAACUUGCUUCAUUUUCCAAAGAGGUCUUUCAUAGGAAAUAAGGGAUUAUAUGAUCGCCAUCUUAGGAACAAAAUGUUGAGGCAUGUUAAAAUUAUUCUUCCCAGCACCAUUUCUGUUUUCUUGGUACUUUUGGAUUUGUUGUCGCUUUCUAGAAGAAUACAUAGAGCUAAAAGUAGGGAAGCAUAUCCAAGUCCAACAAAAAAUGGGGAUAUAUUCUCAAUAUGGAACUUUGAUGGAAGGAUUGCAUAUGAAGAUGUCAUUGAAGCAACUGAGGAUUUUGACAUCAAAUAUUGCAUUGGCACUGGUGGGUAUGGUAGUGUUUAUAGAGCACAAUUGCCAAGUGGCCAAGUAGUUGCUUUAAAGAAACUACAUCGAAGGGAAGCAGAAGAGCCAGCCUUUGAUAAGAGUUUCAAAAAUGAGAACCUAAGAGUGAAUGUCAUAAAAAACAUAGCACAUGCUUUGUCUUACCUUCACCAUGAUUGCAUCCCACCCAUCAUUCAUCGAGACAUAUCAAGCAACAACAUUUUAUUGAACUCGAAACAGGAGGCUUUUGUUGCUGAUUUUGGAAAUUCUAGAUUUUUGGAUCUUGAUUCAUCCAAUUACACUAUACUUGCUGGCACCUAUGGUUAUAUUGCCCCAGAGCUUGCCAAUACAAUUGCUGUGACUGAGAAGUGUGAUGUUUAUAGCCUUGGAGUUGUGGCAUUAGAAGUAUUGAUGGGAAGACAUCAUGGGGAACUACUAACAUCAUUGUCAUCAUCACCAUCUUCUUUGCAAAAUGUGAUGCUAGGUGACAUAUUAGAUACACGUCUAUCACCUCCAAGAAGCAGAAAUCUUAUGAAGAAUAUUUUGGUUGCUACUACACUUGCAUUGGCUUGCUUGCGCAGAAAACCCAAGUCUAGGCCAACAAUGAAAUUUGUGUCUCAACAGUUUGUUGAUUGCCAAACACCACUCGAGAAGCCUUUUCCAUCUAUUUCUCUAUUGGAACUUGUGAAUAGUGAAUUGAAGAUGGAAAAUGAAAUAGAAUCUCUACCAAAACUUUCAAGUCAUCCAGCCAAAUAUCAUGAUUCGUCCUUAAACGAAAUCCUUGAUUUUCGUGCAGUUUGCGCUUCAAUCCCGACUUCAACGACAGUUUCCGAGACCAAAAUUAGGGUUGGGAGUGAGAAUGUGUUGAGUGUGCUAGAAUUGUUAAGGGUCCUGACACCGUUCAGUGAGAAUGUGUUGAGUGUGCUGGAAUUGUUAAGGGUCCUGACACCGUUCCUCCUCCCCCUUUAUGCAGAAAUUACGAUGUCUUCAGAAGAGGCCAGGAGUGUAGUGGGGAGUGAAGUGAUGCCCCUGAAUUACGGUAGGAUGGAUAUGGAGAGCAGUCCGUCUCCAACUAGUUCGAAGAGGACGGUGGAGGCGAGGAGGGAAGAAGUAGUAGUAGAGGAGGAGGAAGAGGAGAUCCCCUCAAACGUGUUGGAAUCUGGGGAUGGCAUAGAUGGGUGCUAUGACCCGGACUUAGAGAUAGUGUCUGAGGUGAGGGGGCAUGUGAGCGAAUUAGGUAGUAGGAGUAGCUUUAGGGGGUUAGUGGGGAACUGUAACCUUCCUCACCAUGUCCUAAUCCGACCGGCCGGGGUGAAUGAGAGGGCAUGCUUAGCACCCCGAGACCAUUGGAUGCCCGUAUACCUGCAUUAUUUGAUUGCAGGGCUUAUGUUUCCCAUUCCAGAAUUACUGGUUGGGCUAUUAUUAGAUUAUAGUAUAGGAAUAACUCAGCUAACCCCAAAUGCCAUGAGGGCUGGGGGUAGGGGGGAGAAGGGGUGGUAUCACUUCGGUCCUCGGUCGUCCAACAAAGAGAAUAGGAAUUUAUUCUCUCCUGGGCUGUCAUCCAUCAAAGGAUGGAAAGAAAAUUUCUUCUUUGUGGAUGACACCGAGUGGAGUAGGAGGGAUGCCGAAGUGGAACAGUUGUCUGCUUGGAAAGCGAAGAAAACCAAGCAGAACAACUAUAAGUUGAAUGAGGAUGAGGUGGAGGAGGUGAAGAAGCUGGUAAGGGAAGAUGGGGACGUAGUGGAUAUCUUGUUCCUCACCAGCUCGGAGGCGAUAGAUGCUGCUGAGCUCUAUGGGCCAAGCUCAUUGGGGGAAGCUGAGAUGGACGAGUUCGUCACUGCUGCUGGGGGCCUGCACAUCCCCAAGAAGCCAAGGAAGAAGUCAAAGACUUCAACUGCGGCUGAGAAGGAGGUGACAAAGGGGGGGUGACUGUCCAGCAUCUCUGCCCAGGCUAUGGAGGUGCAGCCAAGGCCGGAGCCUAUGAUGGGG